AUGAAUUCCGGUCGCUGGAGAAUUUUCGGGCCAGCGGAAACCAGCCGAAAAGACAAAGAUGAUGACUUGCUCCUAUUUAGAGAGAUGAAGAAUAGGGACAAGGAGAAGGUUGCCAGCCUUCUCCAACCCGUAGUCUCGGGGGAGUUUGAACCUGACUAUGCAAAUGGAACCCCUCCGAUUUUUCGAAUUCCCUCCGGCAAGAAAGGAACAGGAAGUGAGUUUUGGGCAUUAGAUGGAAAUAAAAACGACUAUAAUUGGCUUAAGACACCACCAGGAACUCCUCUGUUCCCAUCAUUAGAAAUGGAGGCAAACAAUCCAGCAUUGGUUAUUCAAAGAGAAAUUCCAAUCUUGAAAGCUCCCCUUACUAUCAAAACAUCAAGGUUUGCAGACCAGAAGAAAUCGACCAUUGGGGCAACUAAAACUAAUCCUAAUCCCAAACCCGCCUCAACAUCGCAAAGAUCCCCAAAAUCGGGUUGUGUGUCAACUAGUUCAUCUAGGUCCGGCAGUCCGAGUGCUAGACGGAUUGCGACGAACUCCAAAGCUACAAAGGUUGUUUCUAAUGCUCAUGCAAAAACCUACGUCACUGAAACUAAGUCGAGACCUAGAGCUUCAGAGGGGACUGCAUCAAUUACAUCUGUAAAUCAGAUUUGCUCUGAUGUUGAUGCUAGAGUUAUAUCCCCUCUGAGAAACAUUGGCUUUAAUACCAUUGCAAAACAUUCUUUAAAUGGAAUGAAUUUCUCUGAUUCAAAUGAACAGCACAAUGUAGGAACAAUUGGAAGUAAACACAACCCUGAAAGAUCCCCUAAACCUGUCGAAUCCAAGCCCACAAGGGGCUUGUCACCAUUUGGAAGAUCAAUGGCAGCCAUUGCAAAGAUUGAGGGAUUCUCAAAUGAAACUCCCUCAAACUUGAGGACGACCAUCCCGAACCGCCCACCCUCGAAUUCAAGAGGCAGACCAGGAGCCUUGAGCUCCGAAUACCGUCACAGACCCUUGGACGAAACACCUUCUAACCUCAGGUCUUCCAUUCCAAACCGUUCUACCUCCGCUUCGAGAGGAAGAACGGAGAUUUCUAACAUGGAAAAGCCAAACAAAUUCUCAGAUGAAACAUCUUUGAAACCGAAGAUGACUUCUUUGCCAAACCAGACAAACAAAUUCUCAGACGAAACAUCUUUGAAACCGAAGAUGACUUCCUUGCCAAACCAGACAAACAAAUUCUCAGAUGAAACAUAUUUGAAACCGAAGAUGACUUCCUUGCCAAAGCGUCCUGCAUCGACCACGAGAGGAAGAUCGGGCUCGACAAAGCCCAUGGAAGAAACCGGGAAGAUGAGAAGGCAAUCAUGCUCUCCGAGCACGACACGGGGAAGAAGGCCUGAGAAUGAAAGAAUCAGCGAUCAGAACCCGUUGGCUAAAGAGAAGACGUCAAAUUUCUCUGGGGUCCCUGGUGUUCUUGGUAGUAAAAUGGUUGAAAGAGUGAUGAAUGCAAGGAGAACUGGUAAUGGAGGGAAUGAAUCUCAACUCAAAAUUCAAACCUCAAUGGAUGGCUCAGGAUUUGGGAGGACGAUGUCUCGAACUUCAUUAAAUAUGGCCCUAAAACACAUGGUAAGUUCUUCCCAUGAUCAAUAA